UCUCUCCCUUGGCUUUUCUCUCACAAAUGGCCGAAGAAACACAACCAAAAUGGGAAGGGAGGGCCACGGCGGAGCUAAAAGGCUCAACAGCAGAGCAGAUAUGGCCGUUCCUGGAGGAUUUCUGCAACAUAGACAAGUUCUAUCCCAACUUGGAUAAAUGUUACCGAGUAGAAGGAACUCCAGGGCAGCCUGGCCUGGUCCGUCAUUGCGCAACCAAGAUUGGAUGGGCCAACGAGAAGCUUUUGACCAUUGAUCGGACCAACCACUGCCUAAAUUACGAGGUCCUGGAAAAUACUGCUGGGUUUAAGAACUACGUGGCCACUCUCAAAGUCUUGCCGACGGAGGGUGGCGGUGAACCUGCAGGGUGCAAGAUCGAGUGGUCUUUUAUAGCUGAUCCGUUUGAAGGGUGGAGACUGGAAGAUUUGGUUUCUCAUCGUGAUUAUUGUCUCCAAUUCAUGGCAAAGAAAAUGGAGGAUGCUAUCAAGGCUCAAAUCUAGAUGGUUACGUGUGUUUCUCCGUAAAGAAUAAU